AAGAUUAACAAGCCAAUCGCAAUGUCUCUUUUAAAACUCAUUUUAAAAAUGAAUAUUCAAGCGAGCUUGUGAUUGGCUUAUUGAUCAUUACGCCGGCGUAAAUACGCCCCAUGGGACUCUCGAUGGAAAUUUCAGCGUAAUGUUUUAACACAUACAUUCAUAAAAGAAGUCAAAACAAAUGUGCAUAACUUUAUCAAAAUGUUGGACUCUGAGUUUGCUUUAAUGAAUUUAAUAAAAUAUUUAAAAAUUUAUAAAUGUCCGGAAAGUAAUUUAUGUAAAGAGGCUAUUCGAGAAAAAUUAAUUCAAAUAUACGUUAUCUACGAAUUAAUGCGAGCUGAAGAGAAAAAGAGAUAUUGUACAAGACGCAAUGUUCGCAGGUUUUGGGUUAGAACAAUUUUUAAUGUCGAAAGACGAUUAGCGCAAGGGGAUAGCAACAAUCUAAUACAAGAAAUGAUUUUCGAAGACAAAGAAAAAUUUUGUAAUUAUUUCCGAGUAACACCGGAAAUGUUUGAAAAACUGUUGCGGAUUGUUUCACCACAUAUACAGAAACAAUGUGUUAUUCGUGAACCAAUUUCUGCACGCGUUCGCCUUCAAAUCUGUUUGAGAUAUUUAUUUUCAGGAGAUAGUAUGACAUCCAUAUCUUAUGCAUUUCGUGUAGGACACAAUACAGUGUCAAAGAUAAUAUCAGAGAUAUGCGAAGUAAUAUGGGAUACAUUAAAAGAUAUGGUAUUCCUGAAACCAACUGAAGAUAACUGGCGAAGAAUAGCCAGUGAAUUUGAAGAAAAGUGUAAUUUUCCCAAUUGCAUUGGAGCAAUUGAUGGAAAACACGUAACAUUGCAGGCACCUCCGAAUAGUGGUUCGGUAUGUUAUAAUUAUAAAGGCACUCACAGUUUGGUGUUAAUGGUUGUCGCUGAUGCAAAUUAUCGGAUUUCAUUACUGGACAUUGGUGCUCCAGGAAGGCGUAGUGACAGUGGAGUAUUUUAUGCUAGCGAGAUCGGCAAGCGAUUACAAAACGGUACGCUGUCAAUUCCUCCACCAAGACCUGUGGAACAUGCUGGCCAGAGUUUACCAUUUAUGCUAGUCGGUGAUGAAGCGUUUCCGUUAACACAAUACAUGCUGAGGCCAUAUCCUAGAAGUGGUAGGCUCGAUAGACGCAAAAAUGUAUUUAACUAUCGUUUAAGUCGAGCUCGCAGAAUUGUGGAAAAUGUAUUUGGGAUACUCUCUGCGAGGAUGCGAAUAUUUCGUAAACCGAUAAUUGCUAGCAUUCCUACUACCACUAAAAUAAUCAAAGCGACUACAUGUUUACACAACUUCAUAAUAUCAGAAGAAUUGAACAAACCGCAUACGGAAAGAAGAUAUAUGACAAUAAGUGCAAAUGAACGGGAAUUGCGUGAGACAGGUUUGGAAAAUGUAGGGAUAUUCGACAGAAGUAGACCAACGAAAAGUAGUGCUCAAAUAAGAGAUGAUUUUGCAACAUUUUUUGAAACUACCGGUGCGGUUCCAUGGCAAUGGGAAAAGGUUUUGCAGAAUAAUUUUUAAAAAACCCAAAAAUACAAAAAAUAAAUAUUCUUUUAUUAUUUGUUCCAAACAAAAAACAAGUAUGCUAUAUUUCAUGAAAAAUAAAAUAUAUAUUUCAAACUUUUACUAUUACUUAUUAUAAUUGAUUUAUCAAUUAUACUCUGAUGUAAUAUAUAUCUAUAUUUUUAUCGAAAUCGUUUGAAAUGUUAUUUUUAUUAAUGUCAUGUAUUUAUCUCAAUGUGUAUACAUACAAAGGAAUAUAAAAAAGUCUUAAAAGUUUUGAUAAACUACAACAAAAUGUUAAAAUAAUAUUAAAUUAAAAUAAUAUUGAUUUUUUUAGGAACUAAAACAAAAAAUUUAAAUAACAUUCAAUAUUGAAUUGUUGCUAAACAAAAAAAAAACCAUUCAAAUAGUAUUCAAUAUUGAAUUAUUUUUAAAGUAAAACAAAGAACCGUUUAAAUAGCAUUCUAUAUUGAAUUCUUUAUAAAGUAAAACAAAAACAACGUUUAAAUAACACAAGAAUAUUCAAUAUUAAGAUAAACAAGAAUCUAAAAUAAUGUAAAUGAUUUCAUAAUGUAAAUUAUGAAAUAUAGCAUAAAUAAAACUAAACACUAUUUUCUUUGGCUUCCUCUUUCUCUGCCUCUGCAAGAAGCUGCAGUAUUGCUAUUUGUAAUGAACGAUAUUUUUUAUCUGAUAGCUUUCGCAUCCCGUCUGAUAAACAAGCUACAAAAUAAUCAACGGCAUCUUUUUGUAAAACUGGAGUAUUCAGAACAUUUUUAAGAUUGUCCCGUAGUUCCGACAUAAAAGACUCACUAGAUGCAUUCGCUGUAACAAUAGUUCAUUACAUUAAUGAAAGAAAAUCAUAGAUUAUAUCAUUAAAGUCAAUAAACCUACUCUCCAAAUGUUUGUGAAGACUUUUACAUGUUCUGAGGUUUUUCUAGCAGAAAAUGUUAUGGUAUUCUACAAUAUUUUUUUUAAAUAAAACGAUUUGAAGAUAAAAUCAAAGUUAAGAAAUAUUGACUAGAUAAUUAGAUUGAUUAUUUGUUAUAUUCCUUUAAGAUGUACUAAAGCUAAAAUUAUUUUACAUGUUAUAUUGGGUGUAGAACUGUGUGACCGUCGUGCAGCUCGUGACAAUUGUUUACUUUCAUAUAUGCUCUUUUCUGUUGAAGUUGAAGGUAAUGAUCUGCUUUCACAUGUACUGUUUGUUGUUGAAGUUGAAGAUAAGGAAAGUUCGUCCUGUUCUUGUACGCUAUUAGCAGCUUCAUCGCAAUCGGAUAAAUUACUGACAGUUCUAAAAAUUUUUAUAUAUUGAAUGUUAUUAUCUAUAUAAAUACCUAUUAUUUAGUAAGUAUAGAAAAAAAUAUGAAAAUGCAUAUUAUGAAAUUAAGAUCAAUUAUAAUGUAGAUUAUCGUAAAUUUUUAUAAUUAAAGUAUCCAAUCAAAAAUCGUAAGCAACAAAACUUUAAUGCUCAGAUCAUAUUAGGUGCAAGUUUUAUAUAUAUAUAUAUAUACACACAUACUUAGUGAAUAAAUGAUAUUAUUUUUAAGACUUUUUGUUCGAUUUAACAAUUUUUGGUAGGGUCACUUUGUAUAAAUAUUUUAAAUAUAAUUAUAGGCCGGUAUUAUAUAUAUACACACACACGAACAUCCAGUGUCGCUCGUUACGGCCCUUAUAUCGAUACUUCGAUUUGUAUUCAGAACGAGCCUUUUCAAUGUUUCUUUGGUUAUUAGUAAUAGUAUUUACACUAUUUAUCAUUAAUAAUUUAUGAAUAUAUAUAAAUAUAUACCGUGCACUUUCCAAUGGAUCAUCGAUAAACUGCAUGACUUCAUAAAAGCGGAAUACUUUCUGUUUUUUACUCGGUUGUGCAGCAGAUCCACUUGGAACAUACGUGUUUAUUUGCCGUUUGUAACGCACAUAACAGUCUCUUAGAUAUUUCCACCUUUUCAUUGCAUCAUCCAUAGUCAAGAGCCCUGUAACCAUAAACAAAAUUAACUAUUCAUAAAAUAGAUUGUAGCUUGUACUUAGCAAACUUUUUACUUAUUUAUUUAAUAUUUUGUAUAUAUUUAUACAAACCUCCUAACAUAUUUUCAACCUCCUUCCACAGCGCUUUCUUUUUCGCCUUUGUCCGUUCCCUAAGUGGAAUUUGGAAAUUCCAUAAUGCUGGUUUUGUUUGUACAAUGUUAAUUAGCAUCUCAUCACGGUGAUCUGUUGAGUACUGUUCAUUGCUAGUGUCCUCUGAUACUAUUUCAUUGCUGGCUUCAACUGUAAAAAUACAAUUAGUUGCAUAUUAAAUUUAACAUCGUAAACCUAUGUAUGUGAUAUAAUGGAUGUUUUAAAGAAGAUAAAGUAUUACAACAAGAAUUAUUACUACAACAUUUACCAAUAAUUGCAACAAAGUCUUCGUUUAUAGAUAUAGCAUGUCUCUCUUCAUCAUACUUUUGAAAACAAUUGUGACACAAAAUUUGUUCUUGUGUGUCGACGGUUAGUAUUGAGCCGCAAUAACCACAUUUUAUGUUCUAAACAAAAAUUUUUUGUAAUUAAUAUACUUCCUAAAGUGUAUUUACCAGACAAAGGGUGAUAAUGGAAGCUUUCCAACUGCGGACACUGUAUUACCCAAAAGCAUUCUAUUGACUGUAAAUUCUCGAAAAUAUCUUGUUAGGUAAUAUACAGUCAAUAGAAUGCUUUUGUGUAACACAGUGUCCGUAGUUGAAAAGCUCCCACAUCAAUUUUCAGAAUAAAGAUAAAGAUAUUAUCCUAAAAAA